GCAGGCAGGGACGCGGCCCCGGGCCGCUGUAGCAGCACACAGGGGUUCUCCCGGCUUCAGGCAGAGUACCCGCUGCACUGGACUGCGAACGCGGCGGGACGCAGACCGGGAGGCUGGCAGCCCGCGGGCGCGCCGCGCUGGGGGGCCGAGGCCGGGGUCGGGGCCGGGGAGCCCCGAGAGCUGCCACAGCCGGGUCCCGGGGCCGCGGACGGGCCAUGGCAGCCAGCGGCAUCACUUCGCUUCCCGCUCUGCCGGAGGACGGGGGCGCAGCCUUCCCACCAGGCCACUUCAAGGACCCCAAGCGGCUCUACUGCAAGAACGGCGGCUUCUUCCUGCGCAUCCACCCCGACGGCCGCGUGGAUGGCGUCCGCGAGAAAAGCGACCCACACGUGAAACUACAACUCCAAGCAGAAGAGAGAGGGGUUGUGUCCAUCAAAGGCGUGUGUGCGAACCGGUACCUUGCUAUGAAGGAAGAUGGCCGGCUGCUGGCAUCUAAGUGUGUUACAGAAGAGUGUUUCUUUUUCGAACGACUGGAAUCUAAUAACUACAAUACCUACCGGUCAAGGAAAUACUCCAGUUGGUAUGUGGCACUGAAACGAACUGGGCAGUAUAAACUCGGAUCCAAAACGGGACCUGGACAGAAGGCCAUACUGUUUCUUCCGAUGUCUGCCAAGAGCUGACUCAUUUUAGAAAUCGUCACUGAGAGAAAAGAAUGUAUAAAACUGAGCUCCGAUACCUGCUAUAUAUCAGUAAGACACUUAACCAUUACCUCAGUAAAGAAACACAACCAUUUUUGGAAAAUAUGUAGACUUCCCCAUUUUAUAUAGCUUUGGUUGUGACCCAGUGAUGAUUAGAGCUACAGCCUUUUUCAUUUAUUUCCUUUAUUUGAAAAGAGGAUUUAAAAAUAUGUUCAUUUAUAAGUUUCCAUCCCGGAAACCCUGUAUG